UCACGACGUGAUGAAUGCGAACGAGUGGCAAAGAAUUUGAGAACCUACUUCCAGGAUAACAUUGCUCGAGAGUUAGAGCUUCGAAAUUCAAGUGGAAAGCGUAGGCGUGCAUUAAAAACGACCAUUGAACCGUAUCACGCGGGAAUGGCUGGCUCCAGACGACGUACAAUUCAAAAUGCUUUCAUGCGUGGUGAUCUAAAGAUUGUGGUUGCAACUAUAGCCUUUGGAAUGGGUAUUAAUAAAGCGGACAUUCGAUGUGUCAUUCACUACAAUAUGCCCAUGAAUUUCGAGAGCUACGUGCAAGAAGUGGGAAGAGCCGGUCGUGAUGGAAAACCAGCACAUUGUCACUUGUUUUUGGAUUCGAAAGGUGAAGACAAAGUGGAAUUGCGUCGUCACAUUUACGCAAAUUCUAUCGAUCGUCACAUCAUUCGUAAGCUUUUGCACAAGAUUUUCAAACCGUGUGCUUGUAAAAAGUCUGAACCGGCUGCAGUGAAAGCCAGCGCUGAGGAUGCGGUUCAAGCAGAUAUUGAUGCUCUUCAAGGUAUCAACUGGAAUGACGAAGUGGAAGAAGGCUCAUCUGGCAAUCGAAAUUGCCCCGGUCAUGAAAUUUGCUUCUCCGUUGAUGAAACCAUUAACGAAUUGGAUAUUCCGGAGGAGAACAUUGCGACACUAUUGUGCUACUUGGAAUUACACGAUCAACGAUAUGUGAAAGCAUUGAGUAAAGCGUACAUUCAGUGCAAAGUUCUUUCAUACGGUGGACCCAAGGCACUCAAGAAUGCCGCCUUAAAAUGUCCUCCACUGGCAAUGGCCAUUGCACUGGACAUACGGAAGGGAAUCUCACACGACAACUCAACCUUCAUUGAAUUCCCCGUGAUUGAUAUCGCAUCGGCCAUCGGAUGGAACAGCGGAGUGGUCAAAUAUCAACUCAAACAGCUUGAAUGGACAACAGAAAAUGGUGCUUCUAAGCGGUCGAACAUUUCAGUAGAGUUCUCUGAUCUCGGUUUUCGUGUCAUGGCUCCCGGUGAUCUUACUCCAGCUGAACUUGAUUCAACACUCGAUAUGCUAUUCUCACGAGUCAAGGAGCAAGAGAACAAUCAAGUAAAUCAAUUGGAGAAUGUUUUCCGUGGUUUGACAUCGGUUGCCGUGAAAUCAUCAUUGGCUUGUGCAGCAGUUGAACCGAACGAUGAGCGAUCGGAGCGACUAAAACAGCUCGUUCGCAAAUACUUCCAGUCCAACGAGAGAGUUGACUAUGCAGCAAGUAUAACGGAACUACCACCGCCAGAUCCGGCUAUGGAUGAUUACAUCAUUUCGGAUGUUUAUACCAUGAUUUCACGAUACCCAGAGAAUAAGUUCACCGGUCGUAGUUUGGCAAGAAUCUUCCAUGGAGUGCAAAGUCCCGUGUUCCCAGCGGUGAUUUGGAGCCGCUGCAAACACUGGCGCGCACAUUUAAAGACUGAUUUCAAUCAUAUCGUUAAAUUGGCAAACACAGUUAUCUUGAAACUUCGAACAUAGACUGUUUAGGAUUAAGUAAUUGAUUUUCGAUAUGAAACAUUUAAAUGGAUUAAAAUCAAAUCUCGUAGAGCUAUUGAA